AUGGAUAACUCCGUGGAAUUAUAUCUUAAAUAUAGUAAGGAAUUUGAUUAUGAUAUCCAAGAUACUCGUUAUGACGGAGGUAGUGGAAAUCCUGGAAAGGAAUGUGCUGGAAUAACAAACAUCGAUUUUAUCGAACCAUGUGAACAUAUUCGUAGAUUUUUAUUUCAAAUAAGAGAUCAUCAUAAAUUUGAUAGACAAAAAUGCUAUAAAUACUUAAAUUAUCCGAUAAAUUCAGAAGUAAAUUAUAAAAAGAAUCUUAGUUGGUUUAAUAAAUACAAUUAAUAUUCGUCCCAAUUAGAUAAUAUAUGUACGCAAAAACUGAAGAAAUUGAAUCGGAUGUUUUACAUAAUCUUAAAAAACUAUAUAGUUAUUAUGAUGGAUUUAACAAAUAUAUUGGACAGGUCGAUAUGCUAAAAGCAAGUAUCCAUGAAAAUGUUAAUAAUUUUUAUAAAUUUUAAGUUCAAAAUUAUCAGGAACGUCAAAAAAAAAAAUAAAGGCUAUUUUUGCGAGGAGUUAUAAAAUUUUAAAAAAGCAUAUAAUAUUAAAAUUCGCAAUGUAACUUCUUCUACUGGCGUAUCACGAAUACUACCACCGAUAGAAAUAGAUUAUGUAUUUUCUGUUAUGUUAUCCACAAUUAUCCUAUUUCUAGCAUCUUUCACUUUAUUAUUGUUAUAUGAAUUUACAUCAAUGAGAUCUUGGUUACGUAAUCGUUUACAUAGGAAAAAUAUAGCCAAACAUAACGAACUUGAAGAAAUAAAAGAAUCCUAA